CCGCACAAGGCAACCAUCCAAAUCGAAAAUCGAAACACAGAGCGCCAUAGAACCAUUUUCAAAAUCCUCCACUCUCUCUCUCUCUCGUCCACACACACACACACACGCUCACUGUGUGCACAGAGCACAAUCCUUCAAUGUCCGUCUCCCUGUAGCUCCUCGUCCGCGAGUUUUCACCGGAAAAUUCACUGAAAAAACCAGAAAUGUUCGAGUGCUCAAUCGAUGGAAGGGGAGACUGACCUUCCGGACCCUCCACCGCUGGAAGCCAAAUUCUUCAACCCCAAUCCGAGCCGUCCGAUCAGCGUCCACCCGGACUCCGUCAACCUCAGCCGUACGUUCAACACCACGUGCUCCUCCACGAGUUCGUCGUCCUCCUCUCCACCGGACCUGGUCCGGCAUUUCCAAGCUGCUUUCAAGAGACACCGUCCCUCAGGUAUGAUGCAGACAAACGGCAUUAAGCCAAGAAGAUUUUUGGUUCCUCAGAAAGAAAGCUCAAAGGAAUCAAAUUUAAAACAUCAGUCAACAAAUGACAUAAAAAAGAGUAAAGAUACUAAUUGGCAAGGUCACAAAUUAAGGGGCUCCAUUCUGCAGUCCAAGAUCAGUGUAGAUAGUCAUGAAGUAGCAUCAAUCACGCUUCCUUCGGAAUUGGGUGCUUCUGUAAAUACCAACGAAGAAAAUCCUAAGCCAUUCCAUACUCAGAGAACUCAACCUGGACUUUCGAUAAGGUCUGGAGCCAAUAAUGCAGUUACUUCAGGAGGUUUCGAGCCUGGCAAUGCAGUAGCUGAAGUGCAAAGGAAUGUUCAUUUUGCCAAUGAAAAAAUAGCCUCUUCUCACGGGUCCGAUGACCAAAUGGCCACCGGCACAGAUGAUUUGUUGUCUCAUAUGAAUUCACUUGCAUUGGCAGAAAUCGAAUGGGAUGUGGGUAACCAAGUGCAUAAUACUUCACCUGCCAACAAGCAAGACUGGCAGCACGAUAAUUUCCAAGGCAUUGAAUUUGAUAACAAUAAGAAUAUUAGUUUUAUAUCCGAGGGUGGGGUUUCUUCAAUGUUGGCGAGAAAAAACAUGGGCAUCCAGGAUCAGUCCCACCAGUUUGAAAGUUUUUUGCAAAAUGAUUUAUGCACUGCCAUGACCCAAUCAUCCGUGGUCGGUUCUUCUUGUGCCACAUCAACUCUAAUAAAUGCCACAUCAGCUCCCAUGGUUAGUUCAACUACUUAUUGCUCUCAACACCAAAUGGGUGGCGUUCAGCUCGAUGUUGCUGCUCAGCCUUCAAAAUCUAUAACCAAGGAUAAGGCUGGUGGAGUGCUAUCAACUGAUCAAUCAUCGUUAGCUUCACAGCUACCUAUCAGCUCUAAUGCUCCAAUUCCAAUGGAUAUUAAUAGUAAUAAAUCUUCUGGCCAAUCUAAUGAGCCACGGGGUCGUGCAGCAAUGGAUUAUGAUAUUGGUGGAGAUUCUCUCCACAAAGAAAAUAAUUCAACCGACGUGAAAUCCCAACCUCUGUCAUCUAACAUGCCUCCAACAGAUGUGAAGUCGGAGAAUUUUAAGUCAGAAAAACAGGAAAGAGGUGGUGGCGGGAAAGCAGCAUCUACAUCUCGUAGAAAAGGUCACGAUCCCGACUUAUUUUUCAAAGUCAAUGGAAAGCUUUACCAAAGACUGGGUAAGAUCGGUAGCGGUGGAAGUAGUGAGGUCCACAAGGUUAUAUCAUCGGAUUGCAAAAUUUAUGCCUUGAAAAGAAUAAAGCUUAAAGGCCGUGACUAUGCCACAGCAUAUGGUUUCUGCCAAGAAAUCCAGUACUUGAACAAACUGAAGGGGAAGAACAAUAUUAUUCAGCUCGUUGAUUACGAGGUGACAGAUAAGACUUUGCUUAAGGAAGUGAUGGAUGGCACCAUGAACAAUAAGGAUGCCAGGGUCAAAGAUGAUGGGUAUAUCUUCAUGGUCCUUGAAUAUGGAGAAAUCGAUUUAGCCCAUAUGCUUGCUCAAAAAUGGAAGGAAUUGGAAGGUUCUAAUGAAAUCAUAGAUGAGAACUGGCUCCGAUUUUAUUGGCAGCAAAUACUUCUAGCUGUGAACACCAUUCAUGAAGAACGUAUCGUGCAUUCUGACCUGAAGCCGGCUAAUUUUCUUCUCGUCAGAGGCUCCCUGAAGCUAAUUGAUUUCGGUAUCGCCAAGGCUAUAAUGAGCGACACAACAAACAUUCAACGUGACUCUCAGGUGGGGACACUAAGCUACAUGUCUCCCGAGGCAUUCAUGUGCAACGAGACGGACACAAACGGUAACACGAUAAAAUGCGGGCGCUCGUCUGAUAUCUGGUCCCUAGGCUGCAUCCUCUACCAGAUGGUCUACGGGCGGACCCCAUUCUCCAAGUACAAGACCUUUUGGGCCAAGUUCAAGGUCAUAACGGACCCAGCCCACGAGAUAAUUUACGGGCCCGUGUCCAAUCCGUGGCUUCUUGAUCUCAUGAAGAAAUGCCUGGCGUGGGACCGCAACAAGCGGUGGAGGAUUCCCCAGUUGCUCCAGCACCCUUUCCUUGUCCCGAGCCACAAUCUCGGGAGAGAAAACCGUACUUUGUUUCAGUUGAUAGCCGAUUUGAGUGCGAAUGACGAGAAGGUUGUGAUGCUGUGUGCUCAGCUACACGGUAUGGUGAGUGAACCGCCCGAUUCGCGGGUGGUGUCGAGGGAGGAGCUGAGGAAGUUGGUUGGUGAGAUUUCGAAUGUUUGCUCUUGGCUCCAGGAUGAGUUGGUGUGACACUACAGUGAAGAAAAAAUGUUUUAGAUUUGUAAUUUUUUUAUAUAUUAUUAUUAUUAUUAUUAUU